AAUUUCCCUGUUUUCUCCCAGCUGCGACGCAGCAAGAAACAAUCUGAAACGUCACCUGCGGACUGUCAGAGUGAGUGUCGCCUCUGGUUUUACUGAGGAUGUGAAAGACAAUUCCUGCUUUCAGAACAAGCUGGAUGAGCUACAGGCUUUAGAGAAUGAAGGCGAUUCGUCAUGGAAGCAGUUUGAAGUGAUGGCUUCAAAGCUUGCAGCUGAAACAGGAGACUGUGCGGACACUGAAACAUCUCGGGAAGAGCUGCUCCAAGAACGGAACAAGCUCCUGAUCGCUUUAAAUGAACGGAUGGAAUCUUUGAAGUCCGCCUGGGCGUUUGUUUUGCCGAUCGAGAACGAAUGGGCUGCGCUCUGCAGCUUGGAGAAGCAGCUGUGCAGAAGAAGCGUGCGGGAGUGUAUGUUGACCAACUGUGAUCUCACUGACGAACAACUGAAGGAAAUGCAGGCUUCUAUUGCGAACUGCGUCGAACAGUGCAACCGGUUGGAACAGGGCAGCCCCGCUGGAGGGAGGCUUGAACUGGUGGAUCGGCAAGUGGCGUGCGUGGUGGCGGUGAAGUUCAAGGAGCGGUGUGAAGAACUGAGCGAUAAGGUGGAGGCUGUCGGAAGGACUCUGCGAGAGCUCGACACUUUCCUGGCUUCCUUGAGGUGUUUCAAGCAGUCUGCGGAUAAUCCGGAGGAUGCCUCUGAACCUAACCUCCUUGCCCCGCACGGAGAGCGAUCCAAGGAAGAGGCCUUGCGGGAAGAGGCUAUAUUGCUAGACGAGAAGCUGGUGAGGGCCAGUAUCUCCUUGGAAGAUGCCGACCAUGGCAGAACGUGUGUUGCGAUGCUGGUCUCGGCUUUGCACACAACAGGAAGCCACGCCGGCAGCUUUGGGGGAAAACAGAGAGCUGCCCAGGGUUCCGAAGCACAGUCAGAAUUUGCCACAAGGACGACCGAGCUCUUUAAAAACAUCCAAGAUAUUCAUGAUAAGAUUGGUAAAAUUGGUCUGAGGGACCCGACGAUUCCUGCUAUUCAACAAAGGCUGAAAUCGUUAAACGAACUGAAGCAGAAGCUGAAUCGCCAUGUUGUGGAAAUGAAGUCCUUAAAAGAAAUGACAGGUCAGCUGUUACAAUCCCCGGAGGCAGAUGAGGUCAUUCGACGGUGGGCAGUGAUGGAAGGCUUAUGGAACGAGACAAAGCUAUGCAUUGCUGAAAGGCAGGAGCAGUGUGCUCAGGCGAUCGAGCUCUUGAAGCAGUACCACAGCUUCAAAAACUGUCUGGCCAGCAUUAUUCAGAAGCAAGAACACAUUCUGUCACAGCAAGUCUCUUACUUGGGGAAAGAGAACCUGCAGAGGAUAAUGGCCAAGGUCGAGGCGGCAAAGAAGGAAUUCGGCAGCCGUUCCGAAGACAUCGACCGAAUAAACCAGAUCAGCAAGAACCUUCAGUUCCAGCUGAACAAAAUGAAAAGCUUCGAGGAGCCCGCCUUUGAGAACGAGGCUAAUGUCAUUGUGGACAGAUGGCUGGAUAUCAACGAGAGGACGGAGAACUAUUGUGAUAAUCUAGGAAGAGCUCUGGCCUUGUGGGACAGCCUCCUGAACUUGUCCAGCUCGAUCACGCUGUGGACCAACUCGGAGCUGAAGAACGUAGAAGACCAUCAUCGUCCGACUGAAGAAGCGUUGGCUGAGUUGGAGGCUGGCCUGCUGUACCAAGAAAAAAACUUAGAGGAAUUUGACAGAAAAGUGGAUGAAAUACAAGAUCUCCUCAAAGGCAGUGAGCCGCCGCUGGAGCUGCAGGUCAUCAAAUCUUCUCUUUCGAACAAAAUGGAUCUAAUAAGGAAGCACUUACCCAACAAGUCAAUCCCCGCUGAACUCAACGGCAAUACGGCUGAGCUAAAAGGGGACCUUGACCUGGCCAAGACGCAGAUUGGAAUGACUGAAUCGCUGCUCGAAUCUUUGUCUCCCUCGAACACUUUGGAGAUCUUUACUAAAUUGGAGGAACUGCAUCAGAAGAUUCUUCAACAAAAACAUCAUGUGACGCUGCUCCAACAAAAGAUGGGUUGUUUGAACCCGGAUGUGGCUGAAUUAAAUGAGCAGCUUAAAAGUGUUACUGACUUGUUUAAUUCAAAGAAGCAAAUUUUCCAGGAUCACUUUUCCACUCUCUUGAACUAUCUGUGUAAGGAUUUUAAUGACUGGUUCAGCGGUACAUGGCUGUCUCUGAAGGAAUGUUUUGAUCCCUUGGAAACAAAAGAGCUAUUGGAAGAGAAGCUUCAACAGCUGAGGAGCUUCCUCGCUUUUGAAGGCAAAGGCGACGACAUUCACGAGGUGAAAACUCUCCUGAACAAGGUGCAGAAUUACUUGUCCAAAGCCACCGUAAACCAGCUGAGGAGCUGGGUGAGAGACCAAGAAUCAGAGUUACGAGGAGUAACUUCCAAAUGUCAAGCACGAGAAGGAGAGCUCCGGGCAUCUUUGCAGCAGUUUAUCAGGCUAGAAGAAGACUUCAGUGCUCUGGCAGAAUGGCUAAGACGUCAGGAAGAGCAAUGGCAGGACUGCCAGAUGAAGAAACCAGAACUUGAACAUUUUUACCGAAUUCUUCUCAAACAGAGAGAGACAUUUGAUUCUUUAGCUUGGUUGGCAAAUUCUUUGAAGCAGUCUGGAUUCUCAAGUGAUGAAGUGGUUCUGGAAUCCUCAGAGCUGGUUGACAGUUAUGAGAUGUUGCUCUGCCACGUACGUAAAAACGUGGACGUUUCUCAGGCACUUUCUGUGGAAGAAAAUAACUUUGAGGAAUUGGCCCAGAACAUGUUUUUGUGGGUGCAAAGAGUGAAAGAUUCAGUCGCUGAACUGAUGUCUGCGGAGGCCAAGAUGCCAAUAGAAGAACGAUUAUGCCAAAUAAAGGAAAUCCUACUGCUGAAAGACGAGGGCGACGCAAAGCUACGAAAUGUUGCAGCUCUUGGGGAACGCUUGAUGACUGAUAACCGGGAAAAGGUGACGGCUGUUCGGGAAAUGGUUUUUGACCUCCAAAAUCAGUGGAAAUGUGCCAUUCAUCAGGCCACUGAAUAUCUGAGACACCAAGAGCAACUCCAGUCACAAAUGGAACCCGACACACGAAGAGAGGAAGAAGGCCAGGCGGGACAUCAGACACAGGAAUUAAGCCUUGAUCAUCCACCCACCUCACCAGACAUACAAACUCGGUUAACAAAUUAUACUGAACUCCUACAGGAAGCAGAAGGCUUAAGAAGUUUGUUGAAUGAAUUGGAAAGCCAGCGCAAUUCAUGGGGGGACGGCAUUGAAGGGACCUUUGCUGAAGAAUUACUGAGGGAGUUAGAACAUCUCCAGGACCGUCUCCUUCGCCAGCUGCAGAAGAUGGCAAAACGUUUGGAAGAUGACGCUGAGGAGCAACGGCAUUGUGAAGAACUUGUGGCGCGCUUGAGGGCUACGCUGAGGGAACUCUCAGAGCCUUCCAGCAGGGAAGAGAAGCAGGUACAGCAAGAUCCUCUUGGCCAAAUGGAAGAUACAUUACAGGAGAUUAUAGCUUUAGUAGAAUCUGUCAAGCAGAAGCCCUCCCUGCUGGAAUGGAAGUUUAUUGAGGGUGGGACGGAUAUGCCUAAAUAUAAACUCAAGAAACAUUUCAAAAAUACGGUUGAAUACACAGAGCAAGAGGCUGGGAAUAUCCACAAUGACGUGCUCAAACAAAACAAUGGAUUUUCUGAUGAAAUGCAAACCCAAGAGCAUGUAGGUGAGAUCCGACAGACAGACAAACCAGCCAUUACCGAUUUCCCCAUUGCUGCUAAAAGCAUCAGUUUGGAAGAAGGCCUUGAUGAAUGGCAGGAAAGACUGCCAAUGGAAGAAUCCUUUGGAGGCAAAAGUCAAACAGCGACAGAAACUACGCAACCUUUCCAGACACAGCUGGCAGGUGAAGAGCAGGUGCUGGUUUCCAUAUCUACUGAUUCCACAGAAGUCACAAGUCCAUUAGCUGAGGGGUUAAAAGGCAACCGGAUGAAAAGCAACAAUUUCCAGCCCUCGACAAGUCGGAGCGGAAGGAGGGUGAAGAAAUUCAGGCAGGCGCCGGCGGAUAAUCAUCUUGCCGACAAGCCUCGGCAGCGACAGCGGGGUGAUCAAAAGCAAUUGCCGGCGACGGGCGGAAGGUCAGAGGCGCCUCAAACCACUUUGCCGUUAAUGAAUGGGAAAGUAAUGGGGGCCAACCGGCUUCCCUCUCCUGCUACCUGUCCGUCGCCAGAAAGCAAGAGAUUUACAGUGGAAGGAGUUUCCCAGACAGGUCUUGCUCCGCCAGAAGCCCAAGGACUUGUUGAAUAUGCUAAAAUGGAGCAGAAGGUCCAUGAGGUGAAAAUUGAGGCUGCUGAUUUGGAUGUUGCAUUGAUGAAUGGUCAACUGGGAGAGAUAGAGCAUUUAUGCACCCAAGUGGAAAAACAGAGGGCCAGUGCUUUGUUGUUAUGGCAAGGAGAAUGCUCGACCACUGCACAAGUGAGCAAGCCCGAUCUGUCAGACUCGCACAGCCUGGUUUCUCGCUGGGACCAACUGCUCCAAGGUUUAAUGAGCGUGCAGGAGGCCAAACGGCAUCAAUUACAUUUAGUUAAUAAUUACCAAGGAUGCCUGGCUGCGGUUCAGUCUUCCAUGAAACGUUUAUCAGUGGAAAAAGAGCACAUCAAAACGAGGGCACCCAUGGAAGGCACGGGUCUUCUGGAGAACAUCCAGAAGUGCUCUGCUUCCGUGCAGAAAGAGAGAGGCCUUUUAAAUAAGCUGAAGACCCAACAAGAACACUUAUCUAGACAUCUUAAAGACGCGGACAAGGAGUUAACCCGAAGCCAGGUGGAGCAAGCCGAGCAGUGGUGGGAUCAGGCCGAGCGCUCGCUUGAAAGGAAGCGGCUUCAGGUUGCGGCAGAGGCUAGUGAAUUUGAACUUCUCAUGAGUAAAGCCCGGGACCUCCAAAGGUCACUGGAACGGCAGUGCCAUCUCCGAACAGGAUCAAAUAUUCCCAGCGGGGAAGCAGACGUGGAACCGGCAUUGCUGACCGUAGAGCUGCAGGCCUUGAAAGACGGCAUUGCUCUGUUAAGGAGAGAUGCUGAGAUGCAGAUGAAAAGGAUCUGGGGCGAUUCCGAAAAAGGAGCCUUGGAAAACGCAACGAGCGAUUUGCAGAACCAAGUGGAGCAGCUGGAGCAGCUGACACCUCGGGAGGGCGACCAAGUCACCGGCGGGUAUCCCGAGGCUUACGGACUUAGAAAGAGGCUGGAGGAAGCUGUUUUGUGGGUCAGAGUCAAGGCGCUCCAUCUGGAUGGGAAGGUCGCGCUUUUCCCAGAUGACGUGAUGUCCCAAAUCGAAAACUGUCAGGCUGAGAUCGGAGAAGCUAAAGACCAAGAACCCGUUCUUAUGGGGCUGGCCGAUGAAGCCCAGAGCGUCAUUUCUCAUCUGGAGUCCGGGGAAGCCUCUGCCCUCCGCUCCCUUUCCUCGGAGUUACAAACCGGCUACCGAGACCUUGUCCCGAAAUUAGCGCAGAGGUUGCAACAGCUGGAAUCUCAACUGGCAAAGAGACAAAAGCUUUUUGUGGACUUCGAACGAGCUGAAGCCCAUCUUGCAGAGGUUGAGGGAACGUUGGCCUCCCAGACCAGCGAAGCGAGCACAAUGUCUGACUUGGAGCAACGCCAGGCUGUUUUGGAAGGGAUUCCUGAGGCGAUCCGGGAAACCGAAGACCUUAUAGAUAAACAUUUAAAAGAUUCUCCUCAGGGGCUGAAUCUAUUUGAGCAAUUAUUUUUAGAGGACUGUUUACGCAGCCUGAGCAACAGAACCAAGAGGGCUUACAGGCUUAUCCAGAGCGGAUUGUGUGCAGUGCAAAGAAAAAUCGAUGCCUGCAGGAAACUGUCAGAAAAAAUGGACAUAUUGCAGCAGGAACUCAGCGUUCCGAAGUGUGAUGAAUUUGACUCAAAUCCAGGGGAACUGUUGAAUGCAGCAGAAGAGGUCAGGGGUAAAUUGCAUGGGUUUAAAGAGAGAGCUUUGGACCUCCAGUCCCAGUUGUCGCAUUUGCACAGAUACAAGGAAGUGUGGGAAUGCCUGGGGCUGAGAUGGGACGUCCCGCGCCUCAACGAACUGCAGAGCCAGCUUUGCAAGAUGGCGGAAGGCUUUGCUGCAGAAUGUGACGGGUACCAAACGCCACUAAAUGAGGUUGAAGCUGUUACAUCCAGCAUUCAGAAAGACUGCGAGGCCUUAGAUGGUUCAGGCUCGGCCCCUGAAACCGGUUUGAUGUCGGCAAAGAUUUUGAGUCACAGAGUGCAACAGGCCAGAGAUUUAACCCAGGAGGAACUCAGUCUGUUAGAUAAAAACGAGACCUUGGGUGCAUCUCUCAAGGAGGCCAAGAGGCAGCACUUGAAGAACCUGGAAGUCAAAAUAGAUGGGUUGGCCCGAGUUAUACAAAGUCAGAGAUCGGCUCUUGAAGACAAAAGUAUACCUGAGCAAGAUCUUCAGAGCAGGCUGGACCAUAAUUUGCAGACCUGGAAGGAGAUCAGACGUGAGCUCCAGCAGCCCCUCUGGGUUGACUUAGAGACGCACCUGAUCCUCCGAGAAAAGAUGCACUGCAAAGCUCUUGAAGGUUUUAUCGAAGCAGAAUUUUGUGCUGCUGAGGAGCUGAUGAAUCAAGAGAGGGGAGCUGCGGAAGAAAAAUCCCUUCACGGCCUGCGAACCAAAUUAGAUGAGCUGGAAAACCUGAAAGUGCAGCUGAAAGCAGAUAUUGCCACACGCUUAAGUGCCUUAGAGGAAGCCUACGGGACUGUUAAGUCCUACAGCACAGCUGUCCAGAAGGCUGCAGACCUUGCCCGUAAGCACGAGUCCCUCCUCGCCUGUCCUCUGCUCAGCCUGAGUGAGCUGGAAGAGUCUUGCCUGCUUGUUCACCGUACGCAAGAAGAAUUCGAAGCAGCAAGGGCCGAAGUGGAAGCUCAGACCUCCCACCUGAGAGGCCUCAUUAAACCAAACCUCAAGCCGCAGCUGGAAAAAACACUUUGUGAGCUGCUUGCUAAAAGCUUGGCCAUAAAGGAGCAGAAUCUAAAGAGAAACUCCGAUGUUCAGCGAUGUUUUGAAAAGUACUGCAGCUUUACAAAAUCCAAAGAGAAGAUUCGUGCUGAUCUUCAUGAUGUAGAAAAGAUCCUUGGGAAAUCUUUCUACCACAUACCAGGAUCUUACAAAGAAGCUUUGGAGCAGUCCAAACAAAGCAAGACAUUGGCCUCUCGACUGGUUUCAGCUGAAGAAGACCUCAUGAACUUGCGACAGGACUUGGGGUAUCUGAGCUCGAUGUGCAAAGAAAAUGACCGCCUACUGAUCGCCACGGUUGUGUCAGCUCUGUGGCUGAAAUGGCUGAGCUUGCUCAAGGCUGCCAGGGAAUUGGAGAACAGAUGUGAAGAGCAGCGCCAGGAAUGGAAAUCUGUCAGCGAGGAAAUUGAGCGAGAGACAAUCAUUCUAGACAAUCUUCAGGAAGAUUUACCUGAAAAUCUCAAAGAGAAAGAGAGAUUCACCAAAGAGGAGCUGCAGGCGUUUCUGGAGUGCGUUAACUCUUACGAGGACAGUGUGAACGCAGAGGAAUUAUUCCUGCGCUUAAUACGUCACCACGCAAGUCGCAUUCUAAACAUCCCUCAGGAUCCUGCUGAGCAGGGAGAAGGCAUUCCCGUAGUCAGGGAAAUUCAGCUCAUGAGAGAUCGACUGAAAGAGCUCCAACAAAAGGCUCAGAAAAGAAAGGAUGUUGCGCGGUCAGAGGUUCAAGACCGGGCCCAGGCCAGCGAUGAAAUCGAUGCUGUGAAGAAUUCGUUGCAAGACACUAUGGUGUUGCUCCAUGGUCUGGACUUAGAAGCUCUCCCUGAAAGGACAGCAAAACUCGAGGAGAUCCAGAGAGCCAUUGAGAGCCAGAAACAAACUUUUGAGCAGAUCAUGGAUGGGCUACGGAUCAAGUACUCUGAAAUGUACACAAUCGUUCCUGCUGAGAUUGAAAAACACGUGGAAGAUUGCAGUCAGAUUUUACAGGAGAUAGAAGAAAAGGUCAGUACUGAAGUCCUGAAAAAUUCCCCCCACUACACCACAGAUAAAAAAAUAGAAGACAUUAAUAAAGGCCUCCAAGCUGUUGAAAACAUGUUGCAGCAGAAGAGUGCAGACGUCACCAAAGCCAAAGAUAUACAAAAGAGGAUCUGGGAUUUGCUGGACCUUUGGCAUUACAAAAUGAACGAACUGGAUUCCGAAGUUCAAGACAUCGUAGAGCAAGACCCUUGCCAGGGCCAAGAGCUGAUGGACCGCUUGAUGAUCCCGCUGCAGCAGUACCAGCAAGUUUCUCAGCUUGCUGAGCGCAGGACGACUCAAAUAAACAGGGCUGCCAGCAAGAUGGAAGCAAGCGACGAACUCGUGAAGAGCACCCGUGCUUGGCUCGAAAGCACCAGCCGUCUGCUGACGGAGGAGGCCAAGAGCGACUCCGCAAAAGAGUUGAAUAAGCAUGCCAGUGCUCUCCAGAUGGCAUUGGAAGAUUCAGAACAAAAGCAAAAUACCCUGAGAGCUAUGUACCCAGAACUGGAUGAGUUGUCCGCUUUGAUCGAAACGGACAGCACGGUGAAGCAGCUGCGCCAAGUAAACGAACAAGUCGCAGCCUUACAACAACAGAUAGUGGGAAUUCUCCCACUUAUCCAACAUUUGGCCGAUGAGGUAGAAGCUAUUGAAUCUGAAGUGAAGACCAUGGAGAAGGAUGUGGACAAGAUCAGGACGAUUUUGUCUCCCUCUGAUGACUCCCUGGAGUUUUCUCCCAAAGAGCAUCUUAAACAUGGCCAGGUUAUCUUGGGCCACAUUGGCCGCAUGAAGAAGACCCUCACUGAGAUACAAUCGUACCAAGCAGCUCUUCGGCUACCGGGUGUGAAGCUGCAACCUUUCUCCGUGUUCCAAAGGACCAAGCGGCUUUUGAAAGAUUUGAAGGCAUUGGAAAGAACGACCAAGGAGCAGGAGGAACUGCUUGAGCCAAUUGUGAACGAGACCGAACGAACCGAACAAGAGAUAGACUCUCUGAAACUGUUGCUGAAGAGCCACUUGGAUGACUUGUCUGCAGAAAUCCCAUUAGCUGUUCAGGCUGCUUCCCACCCGGAGGGUGAAGAGACAGAGGAGAUAAAGCGCCAGAUCGUCCUCCUGUGCCAGAGGAAGGAGGACCUCUUGAUGACCAUGAAGAAUUCCUUGCUGGAGCUUCACCAGAGGCAAGAAGAACCUGAACUGGAAGAUGAGUGUGUGGAAUCCCAAGCACUAGUGGACAGUGCCCUGGUCAGCGGAGGAGGCAUGGAUAGGCAGCUGUCCAAGCGGGGGUCACUGUCUCUUCUACCUUCCUUGGUCGAAGAAGCAGAAGACAACUCAUUCCACAAUGAAGGCGAAUCCUCCUCCACUCCACCCACAAACGGGGCCGAAUGCUUAGUGGCAACGUUCGGAGAGCUCACAGGAACGGUGGACGCCGGUAGGCCAGCCGCCUCUGAGCCAGCUCACCUCCUCCAGGUGUGCCAAGCAAAGGUUGCUGAGCUGGAAGGGUGGCUCGUCAAAGUCAAAGCAUCCCUGGAAUCCGUCAGCCCGACCUGCCAAAUGCAACAGGCGGUGGAGCGGCAUCUCGCUGCCUGCCAGGCAAUGCUGUCUGAGAUUGAACAGAAGGUGGGGUCUCUGUUGGAGGACUGCAAAGACAGGCACACCGAUGAGAGAGCGGACCUCCAGCAAGAAGCAGAGAGCCUGUCCCUGAAACUGAAGGAUGUGAAAUCUGACUUGGAAAAAGUCCACGGCAUGCUCCGGGAAAAAUAUACGGAAGAACAGCUUGUCCCUGUUGAAAAUACCUCAGAGGAAUCCUCCAAGCCUUUCUAUUUUGACUUCUCCAGCACAUUUCCACCAACUGUCUCAGAGAGGCCUUUGUUCAGUAGGUCGAGUGGAUUACAGCAGGAGCAGGAGCUGCUGUUGAAAUUGGCUGAACAGAAGAAAUUCGUCGACUUCCUUGAAGUGUACGUAGAGAUCAUGCAAUUGCCAUCCGCGGACGUCCCGAUUCUGGAAACCAGCAGUCAUGACGCAGCUGCCUUGGGAAAUGGACCCCCUGCUCUCAUUCCAAAGGACCCGGUGGGUGACAAGUGGCAAUACUUGGAAGAAGAGCUGCUGUUCAAGAUGAAGCCCGCUCACUACCCAUUCAAUGAACCUCAGAUCGCUACCAAAAUAAAUAUCCUUCCCAAGGGUGCUGCGUCAAGUGUGAAGACUCCAACGAUCGAGGAGCUGAAAAUGUUCGCCACUCAGCUAGGCAAUCUGAGUCAAGAAGCCUCCAUUCCGUCACAGGAAACCACAAUGAGGGAAGUUCCCUUGAACUUGGAUCAGAAACUCUUUGAGCUGCUUCUGGCCAUCAGCCGCUGCCUGAACAACAUGGAGCAGAUGUUGAGCACCUGCGGGCUCACCAGCGAAGAAGCCCUGGAGCAGCAGGAACUCUAUGAGACUCUCUCGGUGGAGCUGCAGAAACUUCAUGCCGAUAUUGGCGACAAGAAGGACGAUCUCUUGAAGUCGAUUACCUCUGCUGGCGGCAGCCCUGAUCGGUUUUCGCAGUGUUUUAGCAACCUGCAGGCACGGCUCCAGUUGACACAGGAAGCAACUGCUUCUAGGGGUAAAUCUGUGAAGGCUGAGCUGGACCAUUACAGUAAUUUUCAGAACGAAAUCAGGCUAUUGUAUGAUGCCUUGAUGGAGAAAAAAUCUGCACUACAACAGUCCUUCCGUGUUAUGAGCGGGGACGGCGUUUCCAAGCAGCUCCAGAAAAUCAACAGCCAAGAGUUGGAAGAACUCCAGAACUUUGAGAAGCAGACCGCAAAACUGCAGGACCAUGCAGAGAGACUAAAUUUGCCUGUUGACCCGAUCCAUGACGUUUAUAAACUGAAGGAUGUGCUGGAUGACCUUUGGAGGAUGCUAAGAUCUAAACAAAGGGAGCUGACUUCGCCGUUUAUUAGUGAACAGCAGUAUGAUGCUUUGUUACGUGGGCUAGCAGAACUUGUGGCUCUUGGGCAAGACAAAGUCACUCAGGCGAUGAAGCUGAAAACUUUCAAUCAGCCAAAUUUGCAGCUUCAGCUCCGAGAUCACAAGGCACUAGAAAACCAGUUAGCCGCUAAAUCGGACGAUAUGGAUCAGCUGAAACAGGCCUUAGGGGACUGCGCAGAACUUCCUGAGGCAGUCGUGUCAAGAAUCAAUGAGCUGGAUCGACAGAGGACCAGAGUUGUUAACCAGGUUGCUGUGCUAAAAGCCUCCACGAAGACGGCGUUGGAGGAGUGGAGGCUUUACGACGAUGCCUGGGACGACGCCGGGUUUGUCCUUGCGAGAGCUUUCUAUUGCGCAGAGCUCAGCAAACCUCCUGUGAUUACACUGGAGACCCUGAAACACCAGGUGGGAAACCUCCAGUCUCUUCAAGAUCAAGCCGAGGGUAACGAAGAAGUCUGGACUCGACUCCGCACUGCUGGUGACAAUCUGAAGAAGCUGUGUGAUCCCUCAUGUUCAGAUCUCAUUGAUCAGAAAUACAAGAAGGUGCACACAAGGUGGGUGCUGAUCAGUGAAGACACAGCAGAUCAGCUGCAGAAAGCCCGAGCCUCUUUACACCUUUGGGAAUCGUAUGCUGGCUUACACGCUGAGGUAACGGCCAAGCUGGACAAACACCAAGAGCAGUGCGCUUCCCUUUUGGCGGCUACCGUUCCCGCAAGUGGCACGAGGGACUUCCUGAGGCAGAAGUCGCAGGAUAUCGAAAAACUUCAGCUUGGCCUUCAAAACGUCAAAGCAAGUUUUCACCAGGCUCCUGAGCUGGCCGAGAAGAUAGCUCAAGCAACUGAGCCGGCAGUGCAGGCCUUUCUUCCGGAGAAGCUCCAGCCGCUUCAGAGGAUCUCCUACUUGGAACAGAUGUUGCAGAUGAAAGCGGACGAGUUUCAGUGUACUCAUUCACAACUAGAAGAUUUUGAGAACCGUUUGAAACAACUGGAACAUCGUGUGAAGGGAACCACGGAAGCCUUGGCCAAUCCAGAUCAAGGAGACGAAGACUCAGAUCUGCUCCUGAGCCAGAUGUUGGAUCUCGCGGCUUUGUCUCCUGAGAUGGAGCGUCUGAAUGAAGUCAGCUUCAGGCUGCCACUUGGAGACUUCACCGCCAAGCGACUGCAGAGCCUGAACUGGGAGUGGGCUCAGAAGAGAGCGAUGGCUCUGGAGCAAUGCAGCAAACUGCAGGACGUUCAGUCAGAGGACGAGUUUCUUCUGAGAUGUCAGAGAUGGGUUCUGUUCUUUGAGAAGAUGAAGGAACGCUUGAAAGAGAAUGUAGCUGGGACUCUAGAAGAGCUGGAGAAGCAACAAAGAGAUUAUGAGGUAACGCAAGCGGAGAUUUCCGUCCAUCAGCCGAUUUUUAAUUCUAUGGUGUCGAAAGCUCUGCAUGUGGUGGAAUCAGGAGAAGCCCAAAACAGGGCUGAGUUUAUCUCCAAGCUCACCCAGCUGAAGGAGCAGUGGCAAGGGGCUGUUCAGGCGGCCCAGCGGAGAAAGAGCGAGAUUGACGGACUUGUGAAGCGGUGGCACAAAUUCAACAACUUGCUACGAGACCUCACAAAAUUCCUCAAGGAGACCCAAAGCUUCCUUGCCGCUGUGAAGAGCCAGGACAAGUACAGCUUGCACCAAGUCCAGAAUCUGUGUCACGAUUUCCAGUACAAGCAAGUUCUUCUUUGGAGGUGGCAAACUAGGUGUUCUUUGGCCUUGGAUACUGGGGAAGAGCUGCGUGACGCGGCAGACCCUGAAGUAAAAGCUGUCAUACAAAAAGAGAGCAGUCAAUUGCAAGAGAGUUGGAGCAACGCUCAGCUUCAAGUGGAGGAGAUCAUGAAACAGCUUCAGGGCCACCUGCAGACGUUCGAGAGCUCUGAAAGGCAGACAGAAGGGUUGCACCAGAGGUUGCAGGAGCUCAAAACGAGAGUAAAAGAACCUCUCCCAGCAGAGCAUGACGAACUGCAGAAAGCAAAGGAACAUAUGAAGGAGCUGGAAAAGUCACUGGCCAGCUGGAACCGGAGCUUGAAGGAGCUUGGCACCAUGAAGGCCGAUCUGGCUUCCACGUCAUCAUUCUCCCAAGACGCAAUGAUGGUUCUCCGAGUAAGUCUCCAGCUUUAACACCCACACACCUUUGAAUUAUGCUUGCAAGUUUCUCUGCGCAAGCAAGAGAUCAAGGACCGGCUCAAUGCCUGGAUGGUGUUCAGCGAAAAAAAUAAGGAGCUCUGCGCUUGGCUGGUGCAGAUGGAAAGCAAAGUGCUCCAGUCGGCGGACAUCAGUAUUGAAGACAUGAUAGACAAACUGCAGAAGGACUGCAUGGAGGAAAUCAACCAGUUCAGCGAAAACAAGCUCAUUCCUCUCAAGCGAAUGGGCAGCCAGCUGAUCAAAGCCAGCAACAAGAGCCAGGUGGCCGAAAUCGAUGAGAAACUCAACAAAAUCAACCACCACUGGCAGCACCUUUUUGACGUCAUUGGAGGACGGGUGAAGAAACUGAAGGAGACUUUCGCUUUCAUACAGCAGCUCGACAAAAACAUGAGCAACCUUCGCACCUGGCUAGCUCGCAUAGAGUCUGAGCUUUCUAAGCCAGUCAUAUAUGACAUCUGCGACGAUCAGGAGAUACAGAAGAGACUUGCAGAGCAGCAGGAUCUCCAGCGGGAUAUUGAGCAGCACAGUGCUGGUGUCGAAUCGGUGUUUAACAUCUGCGAGGUCCUGCUGCACGAUUCUGAUGCCUGUGCAAAUGAGACUGAAUGCGACUCCAUCCAGCAGACCACCAGGAGUUUGGACCGCCGGUGGAGGAACAUCUGUGCUAUGUCUAUGGAAAGACGAAUGAAGAUCGAGGAGACCUGGAGACUGUGGCAGAAGUUUUUAGAGGACUACUCUCGCUUUGAAGACUGGCUGAAGACGGCGGAGAGGACCGCAGCCUGUCCAAACUCUUCAGAGGUUGCCUACACCAACGCCAAAGAGGAGCUGAAGAAGUUUGAGGCGUUUCAGCGUCAGAUUCACGAGCGGCUGACACAGCUAGAGCUGAUCAACAAACAGUACCGGCGGCUGGCCAGGGAGAAUCGCACCGAUUCGGCCAGCAAACUCAAGCAGAUGGUCUAUGAGGGGAACCAGCAGUGGGACAACCUCCAGAAACGGGUGGCAGCAAUUCUCAGGAGACUCAAGCACUUUACCAACCAAUGGGAGGAGUUUGUGGGGAUGAAGGACAGCAUCUUGGUGUGGCUGACGGAAAUGGACUUGCAGCUGACCAACGUGGAGCACUUCUCGGAGGGCAACUUCGAUGACAAAAUGCGGCAGCUAAACGGUUUUCAGCAAGAAAUAACCUUGAACAUCAACAAGAUUGACCAGCUCAUUGUGUUUGGAGAGCAUCUGAUUCAGAAAAGCGAGCCAUCGGAUGCCGUCGUGAUCGAAGAAGAACUCGAGGAGCUCCACAAAUACUGCCAAGAAGUCUUUGGCCGCGUCUCCCGAUUCCACCAGAAGCUGAUGUCCUGGCACCCGCGGGUGGAUGAUGAAAAAGAGGCCUCUGAAAACGAAGCAGACGCAGAAGACUCCCAGGGCAUGCAGACCGACCUGUGGCGCAAGAAAGCCACGCAGGAGGUGCCACCCUCCCCGCAGUCUCUGUGCCACCUCAUGCCCCCUGCAGUGGGACAAGAACGGUCAGGCUGCGAGACGCCUGUCAGCGUGGACUCCAUCCCGCUCGAGUGGGACCACACCGGAGACGUGGGGGGCUCCUCCUCUCAGGAUGAGGAAGAGGAGCCGUACUACAGCGCUCUCUCAGAUGUAGAAAUCACUGAGAAUCCUGAGGCCUAUCUUAAAAUGACCACAAAAGCUCUGAGAACAGUUCCGGCAGGAAAAUCUGCCUCCGAACCUCAUCCCUGGCACUCCCCGGACGGCUCCACAUGCCGAAAGCAUCCAUACAAUCAGGGGGAGAUGGUGAGAAAUGUUUUGCCGAACAGCCCGGAGACGAGCACGCCCUACAAGCCGAGCUACGUGAAACAACUCAGCAGCAGCAGUGUGGACAGCACAAAGGAGAUGUCCGGGAUCUUGCCCAGCGAAGAGUCCCCAAACAGCCAGGGCCACAUUGGUGUUCCUACUGUGGAGAAGCAAUCAGGAGGUAUCGAGAGGUGGGAGCUCCUGCAAGCCCAGGACCUGAGCAAUAAGCUGCGAAUGAAGCAGAAUUUGCAGCAGUGGCAGCAGCUGAACUCUGACCUUGCCAACAUCAACGCUUGGCUGGAUCAGACGGAAGAGGAGCUGGAAGUGCUGCAGGAGGCAGGUCCGGUCACCAGCAUGCAGACGGUCAAGCAAAGAGUCAAGAAGCUCAAAGAGAUGCUUAAGGCCUUUGACAACUACAAGGCUCUCGUGCUGUCCGUCAACCUGACCAGCAGGGACUUCAAGCAAGCAGACAGCACAGAGUCCAAAGAACUUCAGAACCGACUCCGGCGGGUCAACUUGCGCUGGGAGAAGGCCAAUCAUUUGCUGGGUGUUUGGAGGAAAGGCUUGCAAGAGUCCCUGAUGCGUUGCCAGCACGUCGAGGCAAGAAAUCUUGUCCUGAUGCACUACCUCUUUGUGGACGUAAUGGGAGACAUCGUCAGGCAGAGGCGUACCGCCUAUGGAGACAUGGGGCCACCCAUGUCUCCAAUUUAUGCCUGUCAACUAGAAAAAGAGCUCCUGGAACGGCAGCUUCAAGUCCAUACCCUGCAAGAAAUCUCCACUUACCUGCUGGCCCAAUCAGACGAUGGGGAAUAUGUAGAUGCAAACGAGAAAGUGCACGUCAUUGGGAAGAAACUGAAACAGCUUCUUCAAGGGGUUUCACAGGACUUGAAGACGGCACGGAGCAGCCAGGAUAUAAGCGCAUUUUUGCCCGGCAUGGACGAACUGGAUUCCAGAGGUGCUCACCAGGAACCAGAGAUAACUUGCAUGUACAAAAACAAGGUUGAUGGAAGGAAGAUCCUAGGGGGCAGAAGUGAUGCAAAAGUGGAGGAGAGAGGCGUGGCCAGCCCUCCAGCUCCCAAGACCCCCUCCUUCUUCUACCGCCUAUUGCGAGCUGCUCUACCCCUUCAGCUUCUCUUCCUCCUCCUGUUGCUUUUGGCCUUCAUGAUCCCGUAUUCAGAGGAAGACUACAGCUGCACUCGGGCCAACAAUUUUGCCCGCUCAUUCUACCCCAUGCUGCGGUAUACCAAAGGACCCCCGCCGACCUAAAGCAGCCUGCGUUCUGCACUCCACGCCAACAUGAACUUCUUCCACGGGUUCUUCAUUCUAUGCUGCUAACGUCCAUCUGACAUCUUCCGUCCACUGAAGUUUCUCUCGGGUUUCACGGGGAAUUCCCACCAGGACUUACCUUGCACUACAAUGGCACGAUAGUAACGUUUGAAAUCACUGUUGUGGCUGCCUGUCAAUGAAACGUUAAAUAAUAUCUUCAUAUCCCCGCAGUGCGCUAGAGAACACAUCUCUAGAGAACACAUCUUCAUAUCCCUGCAGUGUGCUAGAGAAGAGGUCACUCAAAGGUGACUUCAAGAGGUUGAUCCUUCAGCAAUUUCAAUACUGGGGAGGGGGCUGAGAACAGGUGUCAAUUCUGCUCUUUCUUUGUACAGAAAGUUCAUUUUUUAUAUAUUUUUGAACUGUAAGCAACGUACUCGACACUAUUUGCACAAUGCGUAAGCGAUCGGUAGAUGGUCUUUGUGCCGAAAGGUACAUGGGAUUUGCGAGACGGUGUCACGUUAGCUAUAGAAAUUAUUUUAAUGCUAAAGAAAAUGUCUAUUGACGGCAACCGGUCGGGAAAUUCUCGCGCGCGAGCCCUGCCGAAAUGAACCGGGAGCGCUCUCCGAUGGCGUUGCGCGAAAGAAUUUCCUGCUGGGUUCUGCUCCUUUUUUGAACGUGGCGGAGAAAACCCAUCUGUUGAAGCGAUGCCCUGCAUGCACAAAGAUCACACAUUUUAUUUCUGCUGUUUUGAUAUUGUAGUAGAAAGAAAAGGUUUAAUUUUUUUAUCAGAAAGAUUUGUCCUACUUUAGUCUUUUAUCUGCCCUGUAUCUUUCCAGUUCAGUAAGUUGUAUAUGUUUCUAGGGGGGGAAAUAGCUAGUAUGUAGAGCUGCCUUGUCUGAUGGUCUUAUUUUUUGUACUAUUUUUUUAAUUGAGGUAAAUAAAGAUUGAACAAGAAAAUAA